GCGAGGCGAAGCGAUUGGUGGAUGAUGCGCGGUUCGAGUAUGCGUGCGAUGUGGUGUUUGAGUGCCAGCGCGGGUAGGCUAUCCAUGGAUGAGUUAUCUCGUGGGCAUGGAGGAACCAUGGCAGGCUAAAUACUGGUGCUGCGCAUUGUAGGUUCAAUUUUCUCGGCAAGGCGAAUUUUAGCCCGAAGCUGCUGCAUCCGAUGGAUCCACCGCCGUGGAGCGACGUGACGAUGAAGCUGACGCUGGCGAACGUGCAUUCGUACCAGCUGCCAGACCCAUCGUGGGAGUGGGUGUCGCCGCGCUGGCUGAUUGAUAUGACGGCAGAUGUGGACGAGGAUGGAUGGCAGUACGCGACGCGGUUUGCGACCAAGUCGCGUUGGCGCGGGCGGCACUCGGCGGCCAAGUCGUUUGUGCGGCGGCGGCGGUGGGUGCGGCUGCGGCGGCGGCUGCGCAUGCAGGUGGCAGCAGCGACCGGCGCCAAUAUCCACAGCCCGGUCGUGUUCAAUCCAAAUCUGCAGCCGCCGCAGGAGCUCAAGCGCGCUAAGGCGAUUGGCAGUGUGGCCAAGGCGGUCACAGGGUCCAAGGGGUCGGUGUCAUAUACGCUAAAAGACGGAAAAUACACGGCCCACUCGUCGGCUAAGCUCGACCGGUUGAAGGCAGACGCGGUGGAUGCGCAUCGGCGGGCAGCCGAUCAGAGCCGCCUGUCGAUGGAGCUGCCGCACCAGCCGGAGGCGGGCACCGAUGAGCUGAACCGACGGCUCACAGAGCAGCAGCGCGCAAUGCGCACGCGGCUCAGCGACGGCAAUAUCCCGGGCACGGCAAUUCCGUACAGCGACCUGGACCGCGACAGCCCGGCGUCAUUGUCGGAUAAUGCGGCGAUGGUCCAUAGCCCUGAUACGCCAGUGGUGGAGACGUGGUUUGACCAGGUGGCUGUGCGAUAUGCUGACCACAGCUCAGCGGUCAUGGCCAGCACACGGUACCUGCUCGACCUGCCGCUGCCGACCGGCGGCACCACAGCACGACGUGAUGGUGACGGGGCACUUGCGGCGGAUGAGGUGCAGGGGUACGUGGAUGGAGUGCCAGGGCGCUUCGUGCGGCUCACUGGUCUGAUGGCUCCUGAGCCGACGAUGCCACAGGACCCGGUACUGCGCGGCAUGCACUACACUACCGCUGAGGAGACACCAAUGAGAGGCAAAAGCAUUUCACAGCGGCGACAUUCGCGGCGGGCGUCGCUGGUCUCUGCUGUGCCAGUGCGCGUGUCGUCACCACCGCCGCUGGCUGAGCUUCUGCCGCCGUCAGUGCCGCUAGCGAGAAACAACACGGCUGCCAGCGCCCUGGAGGUUCCGCUGCCACUGACAGUCUCUGUGGUCUCGGACGACAGUGGCUUUGCAGAAGCGGCGCUGCGGCGACAUGCAUCCCUGAAUUCGGUGAGCAGCGGAGCGCAAUCGCCCAACAGCAUUGUGUCAUUGGCGUACCAGCCUGCCGGAGCGCAUCUGGCGCCAUAUUCCAACCCAUAUGCGCCCGUGGCGCUUGGAAACGCAUCGACCACGACUGGCAAAGUGGACACGGCAUUAUUGGCUGUGACUGUGCGUAGCAUGCGGCGGGCGCUGGGGACGCUGUCACUGGACCGCGAGCGGCUGGAUGUAUUGCGGGAGGCAUUGCAGCAGGGCGGGAUGGCGGCGGCAGCGGUUUGGCGGAACCUGGGCUGGCUGCAUUACGAGUUGCUGCAGUACGAUGCGGGGCGGCAGCAGCUGAUUGCGCUGAUGAUGCAGUUUGCUGAGACGUGCCCGGUGCAGGCGGUCGCGUGGGGGGAGGCUGGGCAGGUGCCGGUGCGGGAGCAGGAGGAGCACCGGGGACUAGUGGAGGGUGGUGGCGGUGGGCUGACAGCGUCGCAGGUGUGGCGGUUUGUGAUCCGGCCGGUGGUUGGCCUGGACGGCGAUUUGUUCUACUCGGACUACAAAAAUAUGGUGGUUGCGGUGGCCAAGUGGUCGCUCAGACGGGCGACUCGCAAGUGAUGCAGAAAACUGGAGCCGGUUGCGAACCGGGUCAGGAGCUGGAAUAGAUGCCCCAAUGGAAGAUUCUUCCAGCCGUCCAUCUUUCAGCUUUUUUUGUUCUUCCUCCACUUUUAC